AGUGCUUACUGAGAAAUUCUGAUUGUUCUAUUUCGAUAGAUUAGAGAGAGAGAGAGAGAGAAUGGUGAGGGAAGUUUCAGAGAGUUGCGUUGAUAGCUUGUUGACGGAGAUGGUGGCGUGCUAUUGCAAUCGAUUCUAUGCUAACAAACCUGAACUAGCAGCUCGCAGGAUCGAGGCCAUUGGAUAUCAGGUCGGUCACCAGCUCUCUGAAAGGUAUACCAUGGAGCGGCCUCGGUUCACUGAUCAUCUGGAGGCCAUCAAGUUCAUCUGCAAGGAUUUUUGGUCUGAGCUCUUUAAGAAGCAAAUAGACAACUUGAAGACAAACCAUCGCGGUACGUUUGUAUUGCAAGAUAAUAAAUUUCGCUGGCUUGCACGGAUGUCAGUUGAUCCAUCCACCGAUAAUGUUAAUUCUGUUGAAGACAAUUCUUCACCCACCGCUGAAAAUAAGGCAGCACAAGCAAUGAGCAUGCAUCUUUAUUUCCCAUGCGGGAUCAUUAGAGGAGCUCUUUCCAACUUGGGAAUUCCUUGUGCAGUGUCUGCAGAUAUAUCAAACCUUCCAGCAUGUUCAUUUGUGGUCCGGAUAAAAGCUUGACGAGUUUGUAGUUGUCCACAGAUGGGAGGGAAAGCAUUAACAUUGGUGGAAACAAUGCUUUUAAUGUCUGCGAACUCUUUUAUCAUAUAAUGCUCGAUCGGAGAACAUUUCUUUGCCAGAUUUUCCUAUCAAAUAUUAUUGACUUGGUUGUGUAGGAAUGGCUCCUCAAGAAGUAUUUUCAUAAUCGAGGAUUUGGUACUUUCUGAUGCAAAUGCUAUGGAGGGUACGAUAAUGUCGUAUUAUUGGUGUUGUGUGAAAAGAUGUUGGAAAUUUCAGUCAUUGUAAUGUUGUUGCUCUUGUAUGGAAUGGACCUUAACCUUAUAUUUGUUCAUUAUUUGAUAACCAAUCUGCU